CGCUUUAUCGGUUCAGUUUGGGUUUGGCCACUGAGAGCGACUAGUGCCCGCGAUUUCACUUCGCCUCGAUGCCCGAGUACGCAGUCGGCGAGAAGGACAUGGCGUCCAACAUUCUAACGCAGCUCAAGUCGAUCGUCUUCUGGUUUAAGGUGGCCGAACUGGUGUUGAACAUCAUCAUUAUCGCGUUGGUGACCGAGGGCGGCUACAUCGCCGGCACGAGUCGAGCGUUCGUCGCCCUGGGCACGCCGUACGCCUUCAUCAUCAUCAGCUCCCUCAUGAUCGCCGGCCUCCUGCUGGACGAAGCCCUCUCCAAGAGGAUCACGAUGGUGUUGUCGGCGAUUGGCGGCCUCUUGUUCGUGACCGCCGGCGCGUUGAUGAUCGACUACUGGGUCAACUGGCCGCACUUAAACGAUCUCACCAUCGGCGGCGGCAUCCUCAGCAUCCUGCUGGGCCUCCUCUUCUUCGGCGACGCCGCCUUCACCCACUUCAAAGCCUGACCAAAGCACCCCCUCACCCCCUGUUGCCCCAACAACAAUAAAAACUUUUCUUCUCGUC